AAAUUGAAGAAGACGACGAACUUCUUACAUUAUCUGCAAAACUUUUUCUCCAUUCCCUUUCUCUGUCUCAAAACUCAAAAGCAAUCAGCCACCACUCCAAUUCUACCCUUUUUCUUCCUCCGCCACGUGUCCCUUCUACCCCAUUUUCUCCAUUUUCCCCAUUUUCCAUUCAUUUGUGUUUUCUCUAUGCAUAUAUAUAUAUAAAUAUAUAUUGGAGGUUCAUCACAACCCUCGAGUUUAGCAACCCUUUAAGAAUCUCAUCCUAAUUUCUUCUUCUUCUUCUUCUUUUGAUUUUUAUUCUGCCAAAGGGGUUUGUUUUUGAGCGCCAUGGAUCAUGCGGCGGAUGCUCAGAGGACGGACUUGAUGACCAUUACUCGGUUCGUCUUGAAUGAGCAAUCCAAGUACCCUGAAUCGCGAGGGGACUUCACGAUUUUGCUUAGUCAUAUUGUUCUUGGCUGCAAGUUCGUCUGCUCUGCUGUUAAUAAGGCAGGUUUAGCUAAACUUAUUGGACUUGCUGGAGAGACCAAUGUUCAGGGUGAAGAGCAAAAGAAACUGGAUGUGCUCUCAAAUGAAGUCUUUAUCAAGGCUUUGGUCAGCAGUGGCAGAACUUGUAUCCUUGUUUCUGAAGAAGAUGAAGAGCCAACAUAUGUUGAGCCAUCUCGGCGUGGAAGGUAUUCCGUGGUGUUUGAUCCAUUGGAUGGAUCCUCCAACAUUGACUGUGGUGUUUCUAUUGGAACGAUUUUCGGAAUUUAUCACUUGAACGACAGCCACGAACCUAACCUAGAAGACGUCUUGCAACCUGGAAAGAAUAUGGUUGCAGCAGGCUAUUGCUUGUAUGGAAGCUCUUGCACGCUUGUUUUAAGUACUGGAACUGGUGUAAAUGGAUUCACUCUCGAUCCUUCUCUUGGGGAGUUCAUUUUAACUCACCCAGACCUUAAGAUUCCAAAGAAGGGAAAGAUCUAUUCAGUUAAUGAAGGAAAUGCAAAGAACUGGGACGGUCCGACCGCAAAGUAUGUGGAGAAGUGCAAGUUUCCUACAGAUGGUUCGCCUCCCAAGUCUUUGAGAUAUGUUGGAAGCAUGGUAGCUGAUGUCCAUCGUACAUUGCUUUAUGGUGGUAUAUUUUUGUACCCCGGUGACAAGAAGAGCCCCAAUGGGAAAUUACGUGUGUUGUAUGAAGUUUUCCCGAUGGCAUUCUUGAUGGAGGAGGCAGGAGGUCAAGCAUUCACCGGAAAAAUAAGGGCACUUGACUUGGUUCCAAAGAAGAUCCAUGAGAGAUCUCCCAUAUUUCUUGGUAGCUAUGAUGAUGUUGAAGAGAUCAAAGCUUUGUAUGCUGCUGCUGAGAAGGAAUGAAUGAAGGACUUCAAAAUUUACAACCAAAUUACUUGUGAUUGAUGUUGGCUUCAUUGCUUUUGUCCCUUUCUAUAGUGUUUCUAAUUGUAAUUGCAUUUGUUGCCAUAGAAUUUCAACGUCUUAUUGAUUGUUCUUAGUUCUCUAAUGAUAAUGAAUGCAUAAAAUGUAGCCAUGAGAAUGA